AUGCUUGCGUGGGUAAACCGCGUGUGUCGCCGAGCGAGCAGUGGCAAUGCACCGGUGAUGGGGCCUGCCGGACGUCGCAAGUACCCACCCUCCUACCUGAAAAUCGUAUUUUGCCUCUGCGUCUCUUGCUGUUUGGGGGUUGUGCUGGUAACCAUGCUGCUUGCGUCGCAGCUUUUCCUGGAAGGCUCCGAUGACGAUCCCACAAAGACAACAACGCGCGGCGGUAAGACGAGCUCGCAUGAGGUCGUGGCAGGGACAGGAGGACGUGCCACGCAGGCAGGAGUGGACAAGAGGCGCAAUGAAAGCUGGGUUACGGCGAGAGGGACGACGCCCUUGCCGUGCCCCGGUUUUCAGGAGCAGCCCUCCCCAGCGGCGUAUUAUUGUGCUAACGGAGCCGCAAACCGCGCCCCGUUCUCUUCGCUUCGUGUUAACCCCCUUUUGGGGCCCAUGGAAGGGCGAAAAAAGAUAGAUGUAGGUGCAACUUCUGCUCAGUGCUACGAGUCGAACGGAGUUCGGGUGGCGCGGCCUCUCUGGGCAACUUCUCUACUGCAGUCUCUGCUGGCCGAUGGUGCCUACGACGCGGCGGUGUCGUUAUUGCGCCAUGAUCGAUGGUACCUGCUGAUUGGAUGGGUGCCCGACAAAUUUAUGCCACCACAGAAACCGGUUCGAAGGGCAAAUGGGGAACUCACCUUUCCACAGACCAGAGGAACGAAUGCGACCUACUACUUGGAGACCUACGGAAGUGUGUGGCACGCCAAGGUAGAGGUAGGAACGUGGCGGUUUCAUUUCCAAUUGGUUCAUCUAAACGCCAUUGCGGUCUGCGUACGUGAAAGAAUUCAUCUGUACAAGUACUACUGUCUCCCCGAUGCACACGUAGAGGCGCUUCCGGUUUAUGUGUGUGCGUGCCGUCAUUGCGUUAUUCCGACAGACGACUCUCAGCACAACAUGUCAAACUUCUCCUCUGGGCGGCUUCCAUUGUGGCACGAACCCUCCUUGGUGGAGAUCUCGAGGACAGCCCGCUCAGCUCUCUCCUUGGGCAACGACAUGCCCCCUACUCCGUUACAUGGGGAAACGAACGCAUGCAUUGAUGCAUCUGAGGCUCCAUGGUUAAUUAAUGCCUCGCUUAUUGCGGCCUUUCCCUACGAGGGGAAGCACAAUGACUUGGACUCUCUCCUAAAAAUUCAGUCCAUUCAAAAUGGGUUUGUCACCGUCGUGGUCUUUAACAGCUUUUGGCGCGAUCACUUACACAACUUCGCGUAUAGUUUUGCGAAGAAGGCCAAGAUGCGAAAUCUGAUUGUCGCCGCUACAGAUGCUGCUGCCCUGUCGCUGUGCUUGUCCUUCCGUUUGCCAUGCCUGAACGCAAGCAUAUUUGCAGAACCCGAGGGGGACGAGAAAAGUGCUGGAAUUGCCUCCUCACAGAAGGCAGGCUUUACACGUAAGGUCACUGAGGAAUACUCUUGGGUGAAGCCGCGGUUGGCCAUUGCCGUCCUUCGCCGUGGGUACGCGUUUAUGCUUGCAGAUCUUGAUAUUACAUGGAAUCGCUCCCCCAUGCCUUACUUGCGAAAAAGUCAUUUGGAUUUGCUGCAUCAAUGCGACAACAAGGCCCAGCUAAGCAUCAACUCGGGACUGUACAUGGUACGCCCAAAUGAGCGCACCCUGCGCUAUUUUCAAGACAUGAUGUCCUUCCGCACCGAUGAGAGCGCGGAUCAAAACGCAAUGAAGCUUUUCAUGAAGUACGAUCAUGUCCAUGGUGUUUCACACCAGUGUUUGCCGCGCUGGGAGUUCAACAUGAAAUGCAACUACAAACUUGAGCGCUCACGUCGACUGGAGCGUGGGCGGGAGACGUUUCUCUGGAGACCAUACCCAGUCAAUGAAACCCCAAAAUGGGUGGCGAUGCAUGCCACGUGCCUUUCUGGGGCGAAGGACAAGAUCCGGUACUUUAAAACCAUCAAGGCAUGGUUUCUCGACGAAUUGGACGCAAAAACAGGAACAGUGUCGUCACCGAAGCCUUUUUGCGUUUUGUUGCCACCCUCGCCGGAUGCUACAGUUCCUGCAAAGAGACUUGUGCACGGCGUCCUUGCGACCACCACUCACAGCGAUGCAUACAAAGAGAUGUUGCCCGACUCAAAGUAUCUCCAGCAGCGACACUAG